AUGCAUAGAGAAGAACGACCUUUUAAAUGCGAUAUUUGUAAUAAGGGUUUUAAAUGGAGAGACGCAUUAAGAGGACAUCAAAAAACUCAUAGUGAAGAACGUCCUUUCAAAUGCGAUAUUUGUGAUAAGGGUUUUAAAUUGAGAAACCUGUUAAAAAACCAUCAAAAAACUCAUAGUGACGAACGUCCUUUGAAAUGCGAUGUUUGCAAUAAGAGUUAUAAAUGGGAAGACAAUUUAAGAACGCAUCGUAAAACUCAUAGUGCCAAGCUUAAAUUUACUUUCAUUUUAAAAAGGCAUGAAGUAAUUCAUAGGGAUAGAGAUAAGUAUGUUUGUGACAUAUGUAAAAAAUGUUAUACCUAUAAAACUGCCUUAGCCAGACAUUGUAUUACUAAACAUGAAAAUAUGUAUGUAUGCAAUAUUUGUAACAAGCCAUUUAAGACUAAAAACACAUUACAAGAACAUUCCAAAAAUACUUUUACACAAAACUUUGUAAAUUCCACUACAGAUAUCAAGAAAGAAGACGUAAAAGAUAAUUGGGAUGUAAAACAUGGUAUAAAAUCAGAAUGUAAAGUUGUUUUGAAAAGAUUGAAGAUUGAAGUAAAGACUGAAGAUCAUAAAGAAGCUGUUCAUCUUCCAGAUGAUAAUGAACAGGUAAUGCCUGUCAACAAUGAAUUUUUCACUCUAGAAAGAAACUCUAACAGGAAUGAAAUGAACAUUCAAAUUGAGGAGGAAGAGCAGAAUCAAGAAUACGAUAUUAAGCACAACUCAAAAAAACGAAAGUGUUACAAUUAUAAAUAUAAUAUCAAAACAAAGAAAUACGUUUUUUCGAAUAGAAAAUGCAAUAGAAUUUAUGAUAAAAUUAAAAGGAAAUACUUUAAGAUUAAGUUUGCAUCUCGUUCUAAACAGAAAUUUACCUGUGAUUUAUGUAAAGAGACUUUUAGAAAUAAGAAAAUAUUACAAACACAUCUGUUCUGUCAUAUUGAUAAAAAACCAUUUCGCUGCACAACCUGCAAUAAGGCGUACUUGUGGAAAUUUCUAUUGAAAAAACACGUGAAAGAACACAAAACUGUAAAUGAAAACGAAAUCUCUCUUAGGAAUUUACGUUUGCAGUUAUCUUUGCAGUUAUCUGGGAAUCGAGUGAAUUCAUCUCCAAGAAAUGGUAAAGUUCAUGCUUGCAAGAUAUGUGGAAAAGAAUUCAAGUCGAAAAAGUUGUUGUUACAUCAUGGAACAAUGCAUAGUGAAGAACGACCUUUUAAAUGCGAUAUUUGCAAUAAGAGUUAUAAAUGGAAACAGCAUUUAAAAACGCAUCAAAAAACUAUUUGUGACGAAGGUCCUUUCAAAUGCAACAUUUGUAACAAGAGUUUUAAAAGGAAAGACUUACUAAAAAACCAUCACGAAACUCAUAAUGAUAAACUUAACUAUUCUUGCCAGGUAUGUAACAAAAGUUUUAAAAGAAAACAGUAUUUGAGAAUUCAUAAAGUAGUUCAUAGUGACGAAUUUAACUUUACUUGUCAUAUAUGUAACAAAAGUUUUAAACGAAGUAGUGAUUUAAGUAGGCAUAUUAAUAUACACAGCGAUGAGCACAAAUAUUUCUGUGAUAUAUGUAACAGAUAUUUUAAAGGAAAAGAUUAUUUGCGACGACAUAAACUUAGACAUAGUAAAAGAUCUAAUUGCAAGCUGGAAAAUCUGUAUUGUGACAUUUGUGGUAAGCGCGUUCGAUAUGGUAAGGGCCGUUUAGAGAUACACAAGAGAACUCACAAAGUACAUGCUUGCAAAAUAUGUGGAAAAGAAUUCAAGUCGAAAAAGUUGUUGAUACAUCAUGGAGCAAUGCAUAGUGAAGAAUGACCUUUCAAAUGCGAUAUUUGUAAUAAGAGUUAUAAAUGGAAAGAUAAUUUAAAAAGACAUCACGCAACUCAUAGUGACGAACGUCCUUUCAAAUGCGAUAUUUGUGAUAAGGGUUUUAAAUUGAGAGGCCUAUUAAAACAUCAUCAAAAAACUCAUAGUGUUAAACGUUCUUUGAAAUGCGAUAUUUGCAAUAAGAGUUAUAAAUGGAAAGACAAUUUAAGUAAGCAUCAAAAAACUCAUAGUGACAAACUUAACUAUACUUGUCAGGUAUGUAGCAAAAGUUUUAAACGCAGUUCUGAUUUAAAAAUGCAUAUUCGUACACACAUCGAUAAACACAAAUAUUCUUGUUAUAUAUGUAACAAAUAUUUUAAAACAAAAGUCAAUUUAAAAAGGCAUGAAAAAAUUCAUAAAGAUAGAAAAAAGUAUGUUUGUGACAUAUGUAAAAAAUGUUAUACCUAUAAAAGUGCCUUAGCCAGACAUUGUAUUAUAAAUAUUAAAAGAGAACCAAUUUCUGCAUACAACACAAACGGGUCCACUAUGUGGAAUCAUUCCGGUUAUAAAAUCGAAAGAGUUGAAAAGGAAGAGCAAAUUCAGCACAAUUCAAAAAAGCGAAAGUGUUACAAAUAUAUCAAAACAAAAAAAUACGUUUUUUCGAAUAGAAAAUGCAAUACAAUUUAUGAUAAGAUUAUAAGGAAAUACGUUAGGAUUAAGUUUGCACCUCGUUCUAAACAGGAAUUUACGUGUGAUUUAUGUAAAGAGACUUUUGGAUAUAAGAAAGUAUUAGAAACACAUCUGUUGUGUCAUAUUGGUAAAAAACCAUUUCGCUGCACAACGUGCAAUAAGAAGUUUUUGUGGCAAUUUCUAUUGAGAAAACACGUGAAAGAACACAAAACUGAAAAUAAAAACGAAAUCUCUCUUAGGAAUUUACGUUUGCGGCCAUCUGGGAAUCGAGUGAAUUCAUCUCCAAGAAAUGGUAAAGUUCAUGCUUGCAAAAUAUGUAGAAAAGAAUUCAAGUCGAAAAAGUUGUUGUUACAUCAUGGAGCAGUGCAUAGUGAAGAACGAUCUUUUAAAUGCGAUAUUUGCAAUAAGAGUUAUAAAUGGAAAGAUCAUUUAAAAACGCAUAAAAAAACUCAUAGUGACGAACGUCCUUUCAAAUGCGAUAUUUGUAAUAAGGGUUUUAAAAGGAAAAACGUACUAAAAAACCAUUACGAAACUCAUAAUGAUAAACUUAACUAUUCUUGCCAGGUAUGUAACAAAAGUUUUAAAACAAAACAGUGUUUGUCACUUCAUAAAGUAGUUCAUAGUGACGAAUUUAACCAUACUUGUCAGGUAUGUAACAAAAGUUUUAAACGAAGUCGUGAUUUAAAUAGGCAUAUUAAUACACACAGCGAUGAGCAAAAAUAUUUCUGUGAUAUAUGUAACAAAUAUUUAAAAGAAAAAUAUUAUUUGCGACGACAUAAACUUAGACAUAGUAAAAGAUCUAAUUGCAAGCUGGAAAAUCUGUAUUGCGAAAUUUGUGGUAAGCGCGUUCCAUAUGGUAAGGGCCGUUUAGAGAUACACAAGAGAACGCACAAAAUACAUGCCUGCAAGAUAUGUGGAAAAGAAUUCAAGUUGAAAAAGUUGUUGAUACAUCAUGGAGCAAUGCAUAGUGAAGAACGACCUUUUAAAUGCGAUAUUUGUAAUAAGGGUUUUAAAUUGAGAGGCCUAUUAAAAGAGCAUCAAAAAACUCAUAGUGAUGAACGUAACCAUACUUGUCAGGUAUGCAACAAAAGUUUUAAACGCAGUUCUGAGUUAAAAAAGCAUAUUCGUACACACACCGAUGAAUACAAAUAUUCUUGUCAUAUAUGUAACAAAUAUUUUAAAACAAAGCAUUAUUUAAGAAAGCACAAAGUAAUUCAUAGCGAUAGAGAAAAGUAUGCUUGUGACAUAUGUAAAAAAUGUUAUACCUAUAAACCUGCCUUAGCCAGACAUUGUCUUACUAAACAUGAAAAUAUGUAUGUAUGCAAUAUUUGUAACAAGCCAUUUAAGACUAAAAACACAUUAGAAGAACAUUCGAAAGUACACAUUUAA